AUGAACAGCGAUAAGGACGCCCAUUCGUCGGUGCAAGCUACGGCACUUGAACCUAGCGAGCAAUCCCCACACCUUAUAGUAUUCGUCCUCGGCCCUCCCUGCGCGGGUAAGUCGACGCUAUGCACCACCCUCGUCAAGCAGUUCAAACUAGACCAUUUCUCCAUCGGCGAUGAACUCCGCAAUCUAAUUUCUCAAAAUUCAACUGGCCAUGCUGCACGUAUCAAGAACAAGUUAUCCGUUGCUGAGCUGGAGGACUUCGCAACGAACGUCAAAGCAGGAACAUUAGCGCCUUCAAAUGUUACACCCAAGUACGUCAAGGAGCGGGUCUUUCCCGAUGGUGUGGUAACACCAAACCUACGAAUUCUGAUCGAUGGAUUUCCUAGGGGAGUAGAUCGGUGGGAGACGUUCAAGGACAUCGUGAAGGACAUUUGGAAGCCCAAUAGUAGCACCUGGGCACUGCUGCUUUGUGUUGAUCAGGCGGUAGCUCGACAGCGGUUUCUGAGUCGCGGUAGAGCGGGAGAUGUCUUUGAGAAGAGAUUUGUUGAACAUGAGGACUCCAUUGGCAACAUUGUAGCUGCGAUGAAGCGGGACGAGGUAAAUGUCGUUGAGAUUCAUCCAGGGCUGGACCACGAUUGGGAGGAUGUACUCAAGUUUCUUCAUUAUAUCCCUGGGUUAUAUGAGGGGACAAGGCGGGAGUAG